AUGACAAAGAGGGCGCUUGUGUCUCAGUGCCACGCCGGAUGUUCGGAGGUCGAGUCCCUGACCGAAGCUGUGGCGGGAGAAGGAUUCCUGCUGGGCUGCAUCUCCUGUAAGAAAAGAGAGGAGGUGUCUGGCCGGGCCACUGUAGACUGGCACUUCAAAGCGGAGGGAGAGGAGGAGUUCAGGCAUAUUUUCCACUAUGACCAUCCCGUUGCAGACAUCCUCCAUGAGGAUUUCAGCGACCGCCUGGAGUGGCAAGGAACACAACACAGAGAUAUUCAGAUAGGAUCCAUUUACAUUCAUAACGUCAUCUUCAAUGACACAGGGAUGUACCGCUGCUCAAUCCACCGCACCCUCUUCCUGCCGCAGUAUGAUGAGCAUGUCACUGUGGAGAAGGAGGUGGAGCUCAGUGUGGUGGCUGUAGCCAAUCGGGAGCUGACGGCUGUGAUCUCAGAGAUUUUGAUGUACGUGCUGAUCGUGGUUCUGCAGCUGUGGCUCAUUGUGGUGCUGGUCUACUGUUACAAGAAGAUUUCGGAGGAGCACGAAGCUCGGGAGGCCCGUAAAGCUGUCAAGGCUCAGGCAGAGUGAGUAAUUUGUCUUUUAUCUGAUGUAUUAUUAACUUGAAACCAACAUGGGGUCAGGGGUCUUAAAUAAUGCCAAAGAACACAUCUUUUCUGCACACUGAUUCUUAAAUAAAUGUAACUUUCUCACUGCUGUUUCUCACAUCUUAUAAUUCACUUUUUCUUUUUAUAUUUCCAGGCUGUUAGAAUCCAAAGACAACUGUGAUGGGGUGCAGCUAGAGUAGCACUACUGGUAAGAUUGAUUUAUCUUGUGAUAUUAUAUAAAAUUACUGAUCUGAUUUAGAAAAAUGUGAUACUAUGACACAUAUGAAAACAUGUCUUUCUCUUUAACUGGCUUUUUAUUUUUUUGUUUUCAUUUUGUAUCCACCAGGUAGAAAGACUUCUUUGCAAGAGUCACGCUUCAUUACUUACUAACAACGACACAAUUACUGUACAAGAGGUUGCUUUAAAAACGCCUCAGUCACGCUCAGUCUUAUAUGCAACAUGUAUUAACUGUGAAUAGAAGCUAAUUGUGCAGAUAGCAGCAUGCAGGGCUAAUUUUUUUUAUAUAUAUAUACACACAAGAGUGUGAACCGUUUAUUAAAGCCUUAAAUGCUUGGAUUUGUUUUGUUUUUUUAAAUAAAAGAAAAGAAAAAAACCUCUGGCUAAAUACAAGUGAGAAUCCAAUGAAUCAUAUAUUUUUUUGUUAAAUAAUCUUUAAACCAUAUGUUCUUUCAUUUAUUCAUUUAAAGCAUUUAAAAUGCCAAAUUACCAUAACAGAGAAAAAAUGUUGUGAACUUUGCUAUACUAUGUAAUACAGUGGGUUUAACUCAUCCCAGGACCUUUUUAGCAACUUAUUUUCUCUUUUUUUUGCAUCAAAUUUGACAAAACAAAAAAGCAUAAAUGCCGCACAAAAAAUCCAUCUUUGCAAAGUUUUCACAAUAAA